UGACGUCGCCUCUCUUAUUCUCCAUGAAAAUGUCAAUGGGAAGAAUUGGGACCAGACGUGUAGCUAUCUCACAAAGGAACGUCAGGGGGAACAUGAACUGACACGACGUUAAAUCUUGUUCCACUCUGAGGAUGUUGAGCUCACUACGCCCCCUACUGGUCGUCUGGAUGUACCUCCUCGUCUCCAGCCACGCCGCCCCCAGAUACAACAAUGGCUUUUUCUACCACGACAUCAUGAACGGCGAUGGCAACGGAGAGAUCUACUUUAACGGGGUCCGUCUCCAUGUGGAGUCCUCUCAGCCCUCAGUGUCGGCGGCCAGGGGUAGUGAUGUCACCCUGCCCUGUCACUACCGCUACGAACCCGAGAUCAACGGACCCCGUCGGACCCGGGUCAAAUGGUCUUGGCUGCCCACCAACGGCGCCAGCAAGACCACCCGCGAGACCGACGUGAUGGUCGCCAUGGGCAACCGUCACCGUAGCUACGGCAGCUUCCAGGGGAGGGUGCGCCUGCGUCGGGCUGCGCCAGGGGACAUGUCGCUAGUGAUCAAGGAGCUGCACAUGAACGACACAGGCCGCUACCGCUGUGAGGUCAUCGACGGGCUGGAGGACGAGAGCGUGACGGUGGAGCUGGAGCUGCGAGGAGUGGUAUUUCCCUACAACUCCCAGAAGGGCCGCUACCAUUUCAGCUUCCUGGGGGCCCAGCGUGCGUGUGAGGAGCAGGAUUCGACCCUGGCCACCUUCGACCAGCUCUUUGCCGCCUGGGAGGAGGGGCUAGACUGGUGCAACGCCGGCUGGUUGGCUGAUGGGACGGCUCAGUAUCCAAUCACCACACCACGGGAGGCCUGUGGGGGCGUGGACUUAGCCCCUGGUCUCCGUAGUUCCGGACAACACCACCGCCACCUCCACCGCUUUGACGCCUUCUGUUUCUCAGCCGCCCCCAAGGGUACAGUCUACUUCCUGAAACGACCCCAGAAGUUCAACUUCACCGAGGCGGUGGCGGCGUGCGUUGAUGACGGAGGUCACAUCGCCAAGGUGGGCCAACUCUACGCCGCCUGGAGGUUCAUGGGAUUGGACCUCUGCGACGCGGGCUGGUUGGCCGAUGGGAGCGUCCGUUACCCCAUCGCCAAGGCCCGCCCUAACUGCGGCCCCUCAGAACCAGGGGUGCGUCAUUUCGGCUUCCCCCCUCAGCAGCAGAAAUACAGUGUCUACUGCAAUCGGUAAACCCCCCUCAACUUCCACUCAACGAAAACCACAGUAUAGCAGUAUAAAUCAGUACGACAGAUAGCCUAUACUAGUCAACUUCUCCAUUCGCCACAGACAGUGCACGGUCACACAAUCCUAGCCUGCAUGCUACUUAGCAUUAGCUAGUUCUGUUCUCACAGUGUCCACUGUAUAGUUCUAGUGAACUGUCCCCUACUGCACUGUCUUCAUCUCCUCGUACUGAACAUACUAUCAGUCACACUGAGACUCCAACCAGCACUGAUACAACUACUGCAUAAUGAAUGGCUAUUUAGGGUUGUGUUGCCAGGUUUGGCUCACAGUAAAGGGUCGUUCCAUUUUAAACUCAGGGAAGGUGUUCAACCACGGCAAUGCCCCUCAUGAUGCUUUGCCAAGCUCUUUCCCUUGGUGUUUUGUUGAACUGUGUGUUGCUCUCUCACUGUUCCUGCAGUAAUUUCAGUCUGUUCAUAGUCUUAGGCACAUUUCUGGAUUAUCCUCAUUGUGGUAGAAUGUCUUUUCAUGUCUGGUUUUUAUAAGGCUUGAAAUUGAGUGAUGAACUUGAUGACGACGGGUGGUGGUAUAUAAACUGUGUCAUGUUGGAAGGGGAUUUGACAGUAUUUUAUGACCUUGUAGAGAGUUCAGUUUUAAAGGCUUCCAUCUAUAGCAUGCUACUUUUAAUCAGGUUGUAUGAGUUUAAUAAAAUGUUCUACCAAAUGAAUAAAAUCAUGCCAAGAGAUUGGAAAUGCUCAAGUCUUUACCCCCCCAAAAAAAUCUGAAUCGUCCAUUACUGACACAAAACUGCUUUCAAUACCUGACAUUUGAAUAGAUGAUGUAACUAUUUGCUGGAGUUGACCCGGACACCAUAUAUAGAAAUAUACUAACACUUAUGUGUCCCUGCCAAUGGUGGCUAGGUCCUGUUCGUUAGGCCACACUAAAAACGUUUUAAAAAACACUUUGCAACAUAAAAUAAAACUGUGUGUUUAUUGUC